UGAUCGAGCAUUCAUUCAUUUAUCGUCAGCUGCAAUGGAAAACAAACAUGAUUGUUUAGGCCUAAUUUUGUUUAGUUAGUGGUUAUUUAAUAUUGAUGAUCUGAACAUUAAUAAUAAUAGAACAUGUACCAAAUACGAAUAAUUAGAAAUGCAGUCAAGAAAUGAUCAAGAAAUUAAGGUUUCAUCUAUUCUUGAUGAAUACAAUGUAUGCUGGAAGCAGAAAUUGGGUACUGGGAUAAAUGGUCCGGUUCGCUCUUGUGUCAAGAAAUCCACCGGAGAGCGUUUCGCUUUAAAAAUAAUUCUUGAUAAACCAAACUCACGACAGGAGGUAUGUCAUCACAGUCGUGCAAGUGGCAGCAAGUACAUUGUGACACUAUAUGAAGUGUAUGCAAAUGAUGUCCAGUUUCCAGGAGAGAACGAACCAAAGAGCCGACUGUUGUUGGUGCUGGAAAUAAUGGAUGGUGGAGAACUGUUUGAUCGGAUCAGACAGCAGAGAGGAUUUACAGAGAGCAAAGCCGUUGAAUAUGCUACUCAGGUUGCCAAAGCAGUGUAUCGUUGUCACAGUCUAAAUAUAGCACAUCGUGAUUUGAAGCCAGAGAACCUUUUGUUGAAGGACAAUUCACAGGUAGACAGCGUCAGAAAAGGGCGAAAAUAUUUUGGAUUUGCAAAAUAUGAUGAUGGCAACUUGAUGACUCCUAAUUAUACACCAUACUACGUGGCGCCUCAGGUUCUUGAAGCUCAGCAGAGACAGAGGAAUCAUGGGAAGGAUAUCAUGUCAGUUGCUCCCUACACCUAUGAUAAGAGUUGUGACAUGUGGUCGCUAGGUGUUAUAUUGUACAUCAUGCUGUGCGGCUACCCACCAUUUUACUCCGAGACACCAUCACAGCUCUUGUCACAACAGAUGAGAUGUCGAAUCAUGGCGGGGCAGUACCAGUUUCCAGCAGAGGAAUGGUCCAUCAUUUCCGCUGAGGCUAAAGAUGCUGUCAAGGGCUUAUUGAGGGUAGAACCGACUGAAAGAAUGACAAUAGACCAGUUCUUGCAACAUUCGUGGUUGAAUAACCCCAGGAACUCCAACACUCAACUACACUCACCUGCUAUCAUGCUGGAUAAGAAUAUGAUGGAAGAAGCAAAGCAAGCCCAUUCUCAACAGCUGACCAACAUGAGACUCCCUGAGAAACAAGUUAUGCUGAAACCAGUCCUCAAGGCUAACAACCCGAUUGUCAGGAAGAGAUUUAGAAGCAGAGGAUGUUCAUUGGAUAAUAAGUCGAUAGAAGAACCGCCAGUUAAACUAUCUAAGAAUGAUGAUGUACUCAGCCAACUCAGGGAUAUUAUUGCCCAGUGCAUCCUUCCUCCUAAAGUGUCAAGAGAGGAAGAUCUUUGUCAAAUGAUCAAGAAAGCCUGCCAAUUAUUGCCAGGUAGUAAAGACCUACAAAAUGGCCUGCAUCAUUUGAAUUGGAAUGGAGAGGAAUUUGGAGAUAAAUUAGACAAGAACAAACUAGCUGUGCUCAUGAGAGAAAUCAUAAAAGAAGUGAAUUUAGAUGACUAAUGACUGCAAGUUACCGUCCACAUUACUGACCUCUAGAAUGCUAAAAUAAAAGGAAUUGCUACAGUAACUGAUGUAAGAGAUUAACAGUGACCAUAAAUCCAAGGGGUUGUGGAGGGCUGGGAGUAGUGAUUGGAUAAAAGAAACCUUAAAGUCAAGAGGUUGAAGAAGGUUGGAAUGGUCGAUCCAAAAACAAAGGGGCUGGGAAGGGAAAAGUGAUUGGGUGAUUAAGAAAGACACUUAAGCCAAAGGGGUUAUGUGAAGUGACCAAUGAUUUAGAGACCCUAGGUGAAGGGGUAAAAGGGAAUUGGGAGAACGACUAAUAAUUAACAGAGACUAAAGCAAUGGAGUAGAAGAGUUGGAAAAUUUGGCUGUUUAUUAUACAAGAGGUUGGACCAAUUGGCUCAUAAAUACUACAUCUUUAUAGAGCCAAGUGUUUGAAAAAGUUUUUAAAUGAUUGGUGAUUCAACUGGCUAGUCAACUAAUGAAAUGCAAAUGCUUUUUAUAAAACUUUUAUUUAUUUUUUUAUUAUACAGUAGAUCAAUUUUAGAAAAAAGUAUUUUUAUGAGAUAGUAGUUUUAGUAAAAUAAUAUUUACUAUAAUAAGUUGUAACCUGUUGAAUAAUUGUAGAGUUAAAGAGUAUUUCUUUUUUAUGGUAUAAUAUGUUGAUGUAAUGACUAUUUUUUUUUUCAUCAUGAUUUUGAUAUUUUUAAGAUUCUUGUCUCUGGAGCACACUUUCUUUAAAACUAGACACAUUCAGAAUAACAUUUAGGCACAUUUAAUAUGUGUACAUAUUACAAAAUAUUUAAUAUGUUGAAAUGUCAUACAUAUUACAGAACAUCUAGUGUUGAAGGAUAGGGAUAGGGCAAGGGGGUGCCCCUCAUACUACUUCGUUUAUAAUGUAUCACAUUGGUCCAUCCUGUAGUUGGCGAGUGUAAUAAAUUAUUUCUUUAAAUAUUUAUAGUGUAAAAGUCCAUUUUGAUCAAAUAUCAUUCAGUUUAUCACUUUAUUCCACAUAACAGUACUGUUUUAUAGAAAGUAUGUAAAAUUAUGAGAGGGUACCACAGUUACUUUCAGGUUUGAUUCAGGUCUGUUUCAGGUCUGUUUGUGGGUGUGGGUGGUUGGGCUGGAGUGUAUUUAUGUGUGUGCAUGGGUUGGGAAGGGGGUAAACAUCCAUGUUAUAUGGAUCUACCCACCAGCUACAAGUGCAAAAAUAUCCAUAUAAGUAAUAUAAACCUCAUGUUCUGUUUACACUAGAAGCUGUUUGAGCUUUGUCAAUAAAUUAUUUAAAGUCUGGGCUUAAGAAGAGCUGGUCUGGCCACUAUCUUAAAUUUCACCGAUAUGUAACAGUUUUCUUAGAUGUUACAAGAGGGAUGUUGCAUGAUAAGCUGAGUCCUUUAAUUCAAAGUAAAAAAAAAUAUGAGCAUGAUGGUGUAAUAUCACCUCAUAUAUGGGGAUAAUGAUGUCAUUUUACACCUAUAAAUGGGAAAAUCAGGUACAGGUAUGUGUAACAUAAAAAAGUAUAGUGUGAUUGGAACUUUAUGCUAAUUACGUUUAUGGUACCAGUUCACAACUUACUUAGGUUGGUGUCUGGCGUGGAUAGUAUUCCACCAUAGUAAGGGCUAAAUAUAAAGCACCAAGAGACUUCUAGAGGGGUUCUAUGAUCCCCAAGGCACCAUGAAUAAUUAUAUACAGUACUGUAUAUAUAUUGGGCUUAAUUUAAAGCGUCUAGAGGAUCUGUGAUCCACAAGGCACUGUAUGUGUAUAUGUGUAAUUAUAGAUACUGGCUGGAUUGGUUCAGGUUUUGAGAUUAAUUUGCCAUUGCAUAAAGGCAGGCUGAGAUGGACACGGAACUGAACGCGUUGAUAUAUGCUCAAGUGAAAGGAAAUGACAUGAGUCAAGUUGAGUUCCUUGCAGUUUUGUUUCGACCUGAGCUUGCUUUGAUAGAACCGGGCACAAGGUUUAUUUUACAUCCAGAAAUGGAAAUCAUAAAAUUAUUUAUCAUUUAAAAUCCUGUAGUUUGAUUAGCCAUUGUUUUACUGCUCCUUUAAUUAAUUCAUAUUUUGCUAAUGUUUAUAGAAAAUGUAUUGGAAUAAAUCUAUAGUUUAUGGGUAUUAAAAUGUAAUGAAUUAAUACUAUAUAUGAUUUUUAAAGUGUAUUUUGUAUUUUGUUGACAUAAUUUGUUUUUAUAAAUACAGGUACUGUAUACAAUACUGUACUUUGAAAGCUUAUAAUCAGAAAUUAUUGUUAAUGCAAUACAAAUAUUUCAUAUCUAAUAUAAUGAUGAUAUCAAAAAACAAUAAUAAAAUAUAAAAGUAAUACCUGUAAUUAUAGUAAUAAUGAGGAUGAUGAUAAUAAUAAAAAAUAAUUGGUUGAUGAUUAGGCCUACACACAGUAUAAACUAAUAAGAUGUUGAUCUGAUAAUAGGCCCAAUAUAAGUAUGAUGUUAUGAUGGAUAACACAUCUAUGACUAGUGAUGUAAUAAAAUUUGUAUAUGAA